AUAAAUGCUACCCGGCGACAAAUUGAAAUAAAUUCACAAUUCAAUGUUCCAAUCAGCACUGGUUUCAAUUUCAAAUUUAUCGGAUAAAGUUUUUGUGUUAGGCUAUAUGUGGCCACGUUGUUUGCGAAAUCCCAGCGCGCGCAUUGCGAUACAAGUUGUGACUUAAAAGAAUUCGUGUAUGCUUGAUGCUCAUUUUACGUGUAUCAGUGUAUGUAUUGAUUAACCGGCUUUCUUGUUAUCCCCGAAGCAGUUUCUUUUUAACAUUCAAUAUUUUUUCUGUGACUAUUGUUGACAUAAGUUCUCUAAUAUGAUCACCUUUCUGAGAUCUAAAUGUAAUCAACCAUUCUAAAGUAAAAAUGGAAAAGACUACAAGAGUCUUGAGGUUGACAGAUAGUAAUAAUAUCAAUAGAGACAAUUCACAUAAUUGUGAAAGAGAACAUCAAAAUGAAAAAGAAACGGAAGUGGAAAUAGAUUACUCUAUUGUAAAUAGCAAAAUUGUGCCAUUCAUUCUAACAAAUAAUCGAGAUGUAAAUUUUCAAAUACAGUAUUACUUUUCAUCUUUUCACAAAGAAAUGUUAUGGCCCAGUUCAAAUGUGAUAUUGUAUGAGUUAAUGUUACCAGAUAGUGCUCAGUUGCAAUUAAAUAUCAUUGAAUUAUUUCCUAGAAUAAUAGCAACUGAUAAUAAAAGAUCAAAAUGCUCAGUAACUGAAUUGUUACAUACAUUAGUGACUCUUAGUUUAGGGAAAAAAUCAAUUGAAUUAUGCUUAAAUAAGUAUUUGUACUCUGUGAUGUUCAGUCUUGGCUGUGAGACCAAUAAUAUUUUUACAAAGUUAUUGCAACAGUUUAUAAUACAAAUACUGCAUUAUCUCAGUUUGAAGUCAGUGUUUCAUGUUCAUAUAUCCAUGAAAUUUUUAGAAAUUUUGUUACAAUGUUUAAACUGUGAAAGCAACUUUGUUAUUAAAGAUUAUAUUAGUAUAUGCAUCAAAGAAUAUCUGCAAAGUAUAUUAGAUCUGAUAAAAAGAAAAGAUCAACAAACUUCUCCAAUUUAUCACUAUACAGUUCACAAAAUCAUAAAUUUAGCAACAUAUCCAUCUUACAAUGAACCUCUAACAGCAGCUUUUAUAUUCAAUCAUUUAUUCGACCUGUGUAUGAAUCCAAAUUUACAUAUGAUUAUGCCAAACAAGUAUUGGCUAGAAUUCCUUCAUAGUUUUUUAAUAAAUUUAGAUAAAUGUGAUGAAAUUCAAGUAGAAAUUGCGUUAAAUCACAUUAAAGAUACUAUCUGCUCAACAAGAAAUAUUUUUAAUGCUAAAUUUCCUUCUAGAAGAAAACCUUCAGAAUUUGCAAAUGAGACAUUACAAAGUGCAGUAAUAUGGCUUUUUGAACGAUGUAAUAGUCCUAGUAAAUUAUUAAGAAGUAACUGCAUUAAGCUUUUUGAAGAUCUUUGUGUACAUGUUAGCAAUAUAAAAUCGACAAAAAUGUUUGUAGAUAAGUAUGGUAUUGAAAAUUUAAAAAAGAUAGGUUUAAAAGGUUUAAAAGAUUUUGAAAACAUUGAUAUGGAAAAUUUGAAAACUUUGGCAAGAACUUUGGACUUCUACAUUUGGGUUUUUGACAGAGAAAUGACGACACCAGAAGAUGUUUUUACAGCAGACAAGAAUGAGAAGGAAAAGAUAAAUCUUUUGAAUAUAUUAAAAAAUUUUAUUUCUAUACUUCUAAAUAAAAACGUUGAGGAUACUGUAAAACUCACAACAGCAAAUACAGAAGAACAAAAAAAAAUCUUAGAACUAAUGAAUAAAGUUGUGUUGAAGAUAUUUGCUUUCAUUAAUUCCAUAUCAGUGAGACAAGUAAAGAAUAUCAUAAAGAACAUAUGGAAUGACGAUUUGUGCCUUUUAGUAUCUCGCUUUACUCUGUGCCCACAAAAACUUGGGUUUUCAGAGCAGAAUUUAAAUGCUGUUGAACAUCAAAUGCUAGAAAAGUUUUUGGCUAUUGCAGUUCAUAACUUACCACCUCCAUACUUAUCUAAAUUCAAAAAGAAUUUUUUUAUUGAUAUGCAAGAAGAACUUCAAAAUUUCUCAGACUUACAACAACUGAUGUCAGCAAAACAUGAUUUUCUUAGUCUGAAAUAUUUCUUGAAUGGCAUUAUUAGGCUAAAAAGUUGUGGAUUUAUAAACUUUGAAAAAAGGCUUAAAUUCACAUUUGCUUAUACAAAGGAAAAGAUCACAAAUAUAUUUGUAACUUUAAAUUUGUUCACAAUCGGUAAUAAUUUAAAUGCAGGCAUUGGCAUAAAUGUGAUUCAGUAUCUAAAAUGUGUUUUAAACUUCCACUUAUUAUUCUAUAAGCCAGAGCUAGCAGAAUUCAUGAUCACUCUCAUCAGUAAUGAAUGUUCUAGUAAUAGCACAGCAGCCAGCAUAUUUUUUGAUACUUUCGAACAGCCAAUACUUGAGUUUUUCUUGAUAAAUCCCAUAGAAACCCUCGUUAUACUCAACAAAAACCUUAUAUCAUCACCAGAACUGUUACUGUUAUUUUUAGAGUCUCUCCUUAAGUAUGCUGCAAUCAAUGUAAAUGAUAAUUCGAAAAUUUUUGCUGAUGGUAUAGUAAAAACUUGCAGCGAUUACAAAGAUCUCAUUUUCGACAUACAAUAUCACGACCGAUUUUUCAAAAUCUUUCGACAGGCAGUAUUCUUAAGUAGCGAUCCAUCGAUGUCUAAAGAAAAUUUGCCUAAUCCUUUGAUUCCAUACAUUUUGAAAGAAUUUAAUGAAAGUAGCAGUGCAGCUAAGAGAAUUGAGAUAGUUGAUGGAUUCAUCAGAUGUUUUGUCGACGAUUCAACAGCUUCCAAGUCUCAAGUAGUUACUUUAUUUAAAAAACUCAAACAAGAAAGAUUACAAGCACCGCAACAACUCAAUACUUUUAUCCAUAAAGUCGCCACUAUGAAGUCUUGGAUACUUUGGGAAGGUAUAGUUCUACUGACUUGCGGAGCUUGCGAAACAUUUUUCAAAGACGUCAACUUGGUCGAGUACAUGGAAAAUUAUUUUCAUGGGAUGUUAAAUGGAAAUGCGGCAAGUAAAAUAGAAUUAAUCUACGCAAUUUUCAGAGACACAAAUUUAUGCGUGGAAGAAAGACUCGACGUUCUCAAUUAUUUCCUCCUUCCGUCCAUUGAAAGUUGUCGCACUCAUGUAGAACUGAAUAGUUUUUACGAACGCUACUUUCGAAACUUGCACGACUUCAUACUCGAAGAAAUGAAUGAAUCGGACAUUUCUAAACGAAAACACAGCUUAGUUAAUAAAAUAGCCUCUUACCGAUUGUUCGAAAUUAUGUACGCUAAGAUACCGUUCAAAAUCAUUCUUGGUUUUCACAUAGAUUACCCCCAAAAUUAUCUUAAUAUUUUUCUAUUGAGAUGUUCACAUGAGACACGUAAUUUCACUGCAAAAUUCGACGAGGAGAAGGAGCUUACAAGGCUGUUACAUUGUUCAGCACUGAAUUCUUACAUAGCUAUGGUAAGCUUACAAGUCGAGAAGACCUUUCAGAACUCGAUAUUCAAGGAAGUGAGAUUCAAGAACCAUCUGGUUUGGGAGAAAAUUAUUGACUGCGAGAGGAAAUAUGAGCUUCUUCCCUCAUUAAUAGCAGAUAAGCUCAUCAAUGUGAUGCGUAAACCUGGCGUCAGAAUGAGAGUCAACCUCGAACAAGACGAUCUCAACGAUCAUGAAUGUAUGGGAAUGAUCGUUGGAAUUUUUUUGUAUAUGAACGAUCAUAAGCCUGAAAAAGAUACUUUUCCCGAGUGGAUGGUAGACUUUCACGCCGCUUUCGAUACCGACAAGAUGAACGUUGUACUGUACCUACUGAGAGUAAUGAUCAAUGCCAGACGUGCCUUUAUGCCCUGCAUGCAUUUGUUUUUCGAAUCUGUUGCCAAAGCCAUUUGCUUUUACCUUCGUAAAAACAAGAUUAACUAUCUCGUCAGAGACAUUCUGCUGAUGAUUCUGGAUGCUGGUUGUAAUUUAAGGAAUGAAUCUGAAAUCGAAGCUGGACAAAAGCUCAUAGAAGCUCUGGUACAACAAGCCCAAGAUUCUUCUGUACCAGUCUGCGAAUACAACUUCGAGAUAAUCGAUAAUCUAACGAUGAUCUGGGGCUCAAAGUUACAAGUGCCUGCAAACCUUUCUAUCAUAAUGCAGUCUGAUGAAAUUUUAGCGAUAAGAAUUAUUUACGUGCUUCUCAAAGGAGACGUGCAACGUGAAGAAAUUAGUUACCGUGAAGAUGUGCAGAAUAUUGUCAUCAAUAGAAUAUACAAAUGGAGAAAACGCAUGUCACCUCAGAUUAUCGAGAUUUUAGGCUAUAUAAUGUCUUGUGUAGCAGAAGAUCAGAAAGAGAUAAUAGCGAAGGAAGUUCUGAUGCCUUUGUUUAGUGAAAUGAGGAGGUGUGGCAGUGCCGAUUUCUGCGUUAGCAUGUUUUAUUUGAUGUAUACUGUCUGUCCAUGGCUAGCCAGAUACAAAGACUUCUUAACGUUCAUCAAUCCACUUGAUUUGAAAGAUGGAGAGUGCAAAGUCAAGUGUUUUGAAAUGAUUUGGGAGACGAUGGCGGGAUCCGAACCAUCCGUCAUAUAUAAGAAACUUGAGAAUAUGAAAUUUAUAGAGCUACUACAUGAUAAAACAAUAGUGCCCUGCGUCAGCAUGGGUUUUAAAAUUAUUGAUGAAUUAGUGCAAAUUUUUAAUAUACAGCAGUUGUUGCCUUACGCACGAGUUGUUGAAAUGUAUGCAAAAAAAGAUGUAUUGAUCGACCAUAAAAGUAGUGCCAUUUGGUUUUUUAUUAGUGUUUACAAAAAGUGCAUUAAAGUCGAACCUCAAGUACGCGAUGAACACACAAAAAAUCUGUUAACUUUAACCGAGAAAGUACUUAUCAACGGUGUGUCUGAUCCAUCAGAGGAAGUACAAGAAGAAGCGUUAGACUUUUGGCGAGAUAAUGCACAAUUCAAGGAAAAUGCCAUUGACAGGCUGGAACAAAUAUUAAAUAUGUUUAAUCUAGAGGUUCAUUCGAGUUACGCGCAAUUUCUUUGCUUACUGAUGCUUGACCUGACGAACAAAUACCCGGACAAUCAGAAACUUCUGUUUAGUCCUCUAGUACCUUGUAAUUAUGAGGACCCGGAGGAUAUGGGGGUUAUUGUGUCACCAACAUCAUUGCCUAAAAAUUUGGUUGGUUUACAGGAGGUUCCAAUACAGACACCUGUAUCCCCUGCAUCCCCUACAGUUCCUACAUCCCCUACAUACCCUAUAUCCCUGAUGGAUAUUGAUGAUAGUCCCAGACAAAAAAUAGAUAACGAUGACGUAAGACUGUCAAAACGCAAAUUCCCAUUAAACAUAGAGAUUGACGAAUAUGCUUUCUUAUCAGUUAUAACUCGCAAUUACACCGCGGAAUACUACGAAAUAUUGAAGUCUGAAAAAUUGGAGCAAGAGAAUUCCAUGAAAUUAAAUCGCACUUACAGGGGUACAUAUUUACCUGACCUCGCAAUCAAUCAGGCUGAUGUAGUUGCAACGAUCGAAGAUUAUGCUAAGAAAUGUCCAAGUUAUGCUGCUCAAUUGUCAGUGACAAUAAUUUGCGGACUACUGGAACAUUCCAAAAGCAAGGAAAGAUAUAAUACGCUUUUAGAGUCGUUGGUGAACAUGUGUAAAAAAGCAUUAAAGGAAGUUAAUGAGUUUGCACCUGUAGCUCUGGAGAUUUUGUACAAGUGCAACUGUUCAUUUGAUGUUGAUGAUGUUUUAAAGAUUUCUACAUCUAUGGACUUACAAUCGUUAGGUAUUCUUAUACUCGAAAAGCAAUCCAUAAACUAUGACUAUGCCGAUCUUUACGGAACAGGCAAAAAAAUUGCCAGUGAAUUACAAUCAAAUGCGUAUUUAGCCACGCUUUAUCGAUCUAUCGAUGAUUCCGAUGUCGUGGAAAGUAUUUUCAAAAACUGGUCAUUGGAUUCAUCUCUUCAUUUUCUGCGUGAAGGCUCGUCUGCUGAAGCAGAAAUGGAGUGGUCAACCGCGAAAGAUGCUUAUGAGGAAGGAUUUAAAGUGACCGAUGGUGUUGUUAAAGAUUACUGUAUGGUUGGCAUGUUUGACUGCUUGAGCAGGCUUUCAUCUUGGUCGGAGAUCAAUAAAACUAUUGAAGCGAUUGUAUAUGACAAAGAUUACAACUUGAUUUGGCAAUAUCCAAAUAAAGAUCAAUUAUUACCAUGGGUGUUCAAAGUAAAAUCGAUAAUCUUAACCGGCAGAGAUUUUCAAUCCGACUUUACCAAUCUCCUCGAAGCAUGGGUGAACGAGAAAAGUGAUUCUAUUACAAGACCAUAUGGCGAAGAAUUAAGUUUAUUUUUCUUGUGUAAUGGAGACAACACUACAGCCCGUAAAUGUUUAUAUAGUACUUUGCAACAUAUGCGUGGAAAAUGGACUUACAAAGCAUUGAAUCAACGAGUUCUUGAUAAAUUCAAGAGAUUGAGUGAAAUAGAAUCGUACAUAAAUGCUGUUGAGAAAGAUCCGUCCGACGGAGCAAAAGAGUUAAUAAGUCUUUGGGGGGCGAAAGUACCAAAAAUCGGUGAUGAUUUGCUCAAUUGGAGUAUUCGGCUCAACUACAGAUUGACAUUUGCAAGUUUACUUUCUAAUAGGCUUACAGAUGUAUCGAUGGAUUCUGGUAUCGUUAGUAAUUUAACGGAGACAAGUAUUAAACAGCGGCUUCUUGUGAACGACUUGGCCUUAAAGUACAAAAAUUUAGAAAUUGCUCGUAAAUACAGCUUGCAAAUAAGACAACAUUUCCGUACAGCUGGUUUGGAAAACGAGAGUAUUCAAAAACUUAGCCAUCAGUUUGAUCUAACAUCUUUCCGUUACGCUUUAUUUUAUUCUAACACUGAUGCUAACUUGGAUAAGCGAUUUUCUUACUUAGUAGGGUCGUGGAAUAAAGCUAUUCAUUUAUAUGAAGAUGACCAAGUCGACGUAUCUUUGAGAUUAAAAAUUUGUCAUCAAAUUUUCGAGCUUGUGCAAGCUUUGCGUUCUUGGGUACUCAUGAACGAUACAAUAGCACGGCGAGUUGCAGAAAAUAAAUUUAUAAAUCAAGAGUUAAAAACUACAAAUCCUAAAGCGCUCGACAACAUGCUUUUCAACUACAGCUUUAAUACGUUAAAGGAUAUUUGUCAAGAGGGAAGCGCCAAGGAUAUGGCUGAAAGUUACACAAAGUUAGCAGAAUACUGUCAAAAGCUGACGAUUGAUGUUUACGAUAGAGACGAUAUUUUGCUAAAGGAAUUUCUCUUUUCGUUAUUGCUAGCCAUGAGCUUUGGAUCGACUAAAGCUAUACGAUAUUUUCCUUGCUUAUUGAAGCACUCAAUCUAUCGAAACAAUGAACUAAUGUCAAAGAUUUUCAUAGAGAAGUGCCAAGCGGUUCCGAGCAAAAUGUUCUUAGAUUGGCAGGAAGAAAUAAUAUCGCACUUAGCAACUCCAUUAGCACCACAAGUUCUUCCAAUCGUUAAGAAGCUCUGCAGCGAUUUUCCCAGCGCAAUAAUACUUACUCUCUGGAAAACUCGUGCAAAAAAUCCGAUAGCUGAUGAGUUGUACAAAUCGGUCUUCACGAACUCGAAGUAUGACACUUUUUUCUGCGCUAUGGAAUACUUGUGUCAACCUGAAGAAUACUUGAGGCAUCGUUUGCUAGAAUUUAUUAAUUCCAUAGAUAAUAAUAAAUUACUUUCAGAGGCAAUCGAUUUAUUAAUGAGCCAGGUCGUUACUAAUGUCACAUUACAAAGUACGGAGCUAAAAAACGUAUUAACCAACAAUACAAAAGUAUUUGAAAAACUAUCAAGUACGUCGGAUGCCACAGAUGCUAAGAAGAUUGCUAAACAAUUGUUUAUGGAUCUUCAGAAUAGUAUGGUACACAGAAUGAAGAAAACAGAGUUGACUACAUCUACCAUAUUAUCGCAUUACAGUCCAUUCUUAAAUGACUUCUCAGAUAGAGAUUUUGAUGUGGAUGUUCCUGUGCAAUAUAAUUAUCUGAAACAAAGACCUAAGAUCGUGAGAAUUGAUCGGUUUGUGCAAGUUCUACCAUCAAAAAGCCUAGUUAUAAAAAUUAUUGGUUCUGAUGGAAAGACUUACGAGUUUUUAGUUAAAUGUGGAUUUGAUCUACGGCAAAAUCAAAAAAUACAGCGGAUAUUCAAGAUUGCAAAUGAAACUUUGAAAAAUGAUUUGAAUUGCCGUAACAGGCAUUUAUCAGUUAACAUGUUCAAUGUGGUACCUAUAUCAUCUUUGACAGGUUUAGUACAGUGGAUUUCCAAUGUCAAAUCCCUAGACGAGGUUAUAGAAUAUACGUUGGUAGAUAAAUUGGUCAUUCAAACCGCCAAGGAAAAAUAUCAGGAGUGGAUAAAUCAUGCUUCCGAAAACGAAAAUUCCAAUAAAAGUUUAGUGUAUAAACGUGCUCUUGUUAAAUAUUCAGUGGAUAAUGUUUCCGAAAAACUUGUAGAACUAACUGCUAAUAUAAAACCAAAUCUGAUUCAAUGUACUUUUCACCAAAUAAGUUUGUCACUUGACAGUUAUUUCAAGAUACGACAAAAUUUUAUAAGAAAUUAUGCGACAAUGUGCCUUAUCAAUUGGCUUUUUGGUGUUGGCGAUCGUCGACUGAAAAAUAUCCUCGUUGACAUUUUUAAUGGCGAUUGUUUCGGUACCAAUUUUAAUUUAAUAUUUGGUGCUUCAGCAGAACUUCCCGUUCCUGAGCUUGUUCCGUUCAGAUUAACAGCACAAAUCAUCAAUUUCAUGAAACCAUUCGGAGAAAAAGAUUUAUUUAGUGCCAUUAUGUGCCAUGUACUGAAAGCUAUGAUAACCGAUAGCAAUUUAAUUAUUGGAUGUUCAGAAGCUUUCCUUGAGGAACCUAUCAAGUGGAACGUUAAGUUGAACCAUAUAUGGAAACAGGACGAUGUAACGCACAAUGGCGUCGAAUGGUCACCAUUAGGAAAAAUUGAAAUAAUAAAACAGAAGUUGCGCUGUGUAAAGCCUUCAAAAAUUUUAACAGAUGAAUUAUCGCGCGUACACAAAAAGCCAGAAGACCGGUACUUCGCUCUGUAUCAGAUGAUUGUGAACGGAAACGAAAGGUUCCAUACCACUGCGAGAUCACUGUUAAGGGAUCAUGAACUUUUGCCUGAAGAACAGGUUCUUUGUUUAUUGGAUCUAGCAACAGAUGUUAAUACAGUUGGGCGAAUGUGGGCAGACUGGAAAUGUUUUGUAUAAAGUCCAUAUUGAAUUUAUUACAUAGCACUUGUUAACGAUAUUACAAAGUUUGGUAGAGAUUAAAGACAUUUGUUGUCGUUAUAGUUACUUUUUAUGUAGUUAAUCUGAUAGUGAAUUGCUUAAACUCUGCAAAUAUGUAUAAAUGAAAAUUGAAUAUAUUUUUACAUUAUUUCUAAUUUCUACUGUGUGACAUUUAUUAAUUUUGAUUGAAUUAUUUCGUUUGAGUGUUUUAUCAAAUACAAAUCGUUUUCUUGGCGCUUUUAGGUGCAAGCUAUUGCGGACGGGUGAUAUAACAGGCGAUCUAGGAAAAGUAUAGUACUUUUGGGUUUGUUAGUAAAGAAAAAGAACAUGAGUCCUCUAAUUCUGGACAAAUAAUCAAAAUAAUAAUAGUCGUAAGUAUAUAGAAUCUUACGAAAUAUGUUCCG